AUGUCAAGAACGCCAAAGACGACAUCGAACGGCUUCGCAGAGAAGUUGCGGACUUUGGGGCUAUCACAAAGCGAGUUCAACAUCUCGUCGAAAGGCGUCGUGGACAGGACCUGGAAGCGUCUCGUCAGUUGGAUUCGGCGAUCAAAGAUGGCCAUUCGAGACUUGAAGAACUUGCGCAAAAACUCAAACCUUCGAAGCGUAAGAAGGCAAUGA